AUGACGUCCAACGGCCACCCGUCUGAGAACACGCGCCUACUCUCUGGUCGGCGGGACCAGGACACCGAGAACCAGGCUCCCACUGCCUGCGAGUCUAACCCCAAAGUACGCGGUGUGGUUUGGGGUACAUUGACUCUGUUGUUCGUUAUUGCUGUUAUUCUUCUGGUCGGAUUCGAGAGGGUGUUUGGAGAUGCAUUUGCACCGUGGUUGGGAAAGCUCCCUAAGGACCCCAUGCUGGCUGCUUUGGCCAUUCUAGACAAAGCCCCUGUUAUUGAUACACCUCGUCUUCAACUCACUGAAAUUCGACAUCUGAGUUAUGACUUUGAAGAUUUACCCAUUCUCGUUCGCGCCCAAUAUGCCAACAAUGCGUCUGCAGUUGACCUUGAGUCUGAGAUGCCUGGACAUGUUGAUAUUCCUCGGUUAAGGAAAGGGAAGGUUGGUGGUUUUUUCUGGUCUGUAUAUGUCUCUUGCCCCGACCCAGACCUGGAAGGCAAGGACUUCCUCGGAGGAACAUGGCGUGUUCGGGAUACCCUAGAGCAGAUUGAUAUUUCGAAAAUACUAAUCAACAAGUACCCUGAUACAUUUGCUCUAGCCCUCAAUACGGAAGAUAUUAGAAAAGCCAUUAUCGGAGGAAGAAUAGCCAGCCUUCUGGGUGUCGAAGGUGGACAUCAACUUGGAAACUCUAUAGCAGUACUUCGACAAUAUCAUGCACUCGGCGUUCGCUAUGUUACACUCACACAUACCUGCCAUAAUGCGUUCGCGGACUCUUGCGGGUUUUUUUCGGGCAUGAUCCCGCUCCAUGGGGGACUGAGUAACCUCGGGAGAUCUUUAAUCGACGAGAUGAACCGCUUGGGCGUCCUCGUUGACCUUUCGCACACCUCGGAUGCAACAGCUAAGCAAGCCAUUUCUCACUCAAAAGCGCCCGUCAUCUGGUCGCAUUCAUCUGCGCGUGCUGUGCACGAUGUCCCACGAAAUGUCCCAGAUGAUGUUUUAGAACUCAUCGGACGUGAAGAAGGAAAGAAGGAUGCUGUAGUAAUGGUCAAUUUUGCACCCUUUUUUGUUGCAGAACCAAAUAAUGCAACCGUCAAGGCCGUAGCCGAUCACGUUGAUCAUAUUGCACGAGUGGCUGGAAAGCAACAUGUUGGUCUAGGCAGCGAUUUCGACGGCAUUGGCGAUGUCCCAGAGGGACUUGAGGACGUCUCCAAGUACCCGGCAUUAAUUGCUGAACUCUACAGUCGUGGUUGGAAUAAAUACGAACUUGCCGGAUUGACCGGUGGUAAUCUGUUACGGGUAUACGAAGGUGCAGAAAAGGUUGCUCUAGAACUACAGGCAGCCGGCACAUCCGCUGUGUUCGACCUGUACGAUAAACGCACAGACAUUCCAAAGGAACAUUCUGAUCUGUGA